AACGAAUCUGCUAUCAUGAAGUGGCUGCAUUACAUUGCAGGAAGCUCUGUCUGUCUACGUGCCUCUCACCUCGUACAAACAUCCCAUCCAGCCUACACCAGCCGGGCUUCCGUGAUACUGCGCUUUAGAGACUUCAAGGACUUCUCAGCAGCAGGUACUUGGACUCUUUGAAAAAUGGUAGGAUUUUUCCAGAUGUUGAGGAAGAAAAAGGAGCUGAUCCCUCUCAUAGGGUUCAUGGCUUUUGCAGCAACAGGAGCCACUUCUGCAUCCAUCUACUUUCUGCUUACUAAAAAUGAUGUAAUUUUGAAUAAGACCCAUAACCCUGAACCAUGGGAAAGAGUGGACCCAUCAAAGCCACAAAAGCUUAUCACCAUCAACCAGAAGUGGAGACCUGUGGAGGAGCUGGAGAUGGUGAGGCGUCUCACCAAGUAAAAAAUACAAAGAACGACGGCGGACGUCUCCUAUAAUCCACAGUCUGACUACCUGCCUACCCACCCCCCCAUCAGUCUAACAGAAUCAUUUCUGCACAAACUAGGACACUUUGACACUCAGUGUGCGGAAAUGCUUCUGCUCAACUGGUGGGGUUUCACCCUGCUCUGUAGUGGCCCAUCUCAAGGACUCACAUCGGUAGAACAGAAAGUGUUUGUUAACUGCGCAUUACUGUGAUAUUACUGCCCGUGAAGUGAAAUGCAGUGUAUAAACAUUAUAUUACUCUGGGUUCUCUGAUUACAACUGGAGAGCUACAAGUGUAUUGAAUUAGUGGGAGUGGUCCAUUUGUGAGGGAGGCUGGUAGUCAUAGCAACCCGGACGUUCUUGCACUAGAUGUGAAUGUUCAGUGUCUGUAUGUGAAAGACACAAAAUCUAAACUCAGUAAGUAAUGUACUGUACAGCGUGAAUAAAUAAUUCUUAUAUGUUCA